CUACUUCCGGUAUUCUGCAAUGACGGAAAGUGAAAACAUUGCUAAACAGACAAGUUAUUUAGGUCGUCUGCAAGGAGAUUUAAGGUGCACUUGAAAAUUAACUUGGGACAAAGAAUGGCAAAGGUGGCAAAAAUAAUGACUGAAUUUUACGUAUACUGACCGAGGGUUUAUAAUUGUCUAAAAAUAUUUUUUUAAGAAGAUUCUUCUACUUGAAUGGAUGGAAGUAGCUCAGUUUUCCAAGAAUCAUAACAGCCAAGUUAUGAUAGACUCUAGGCGGUUUACAAUUCAAAGUCAGCCUCAAAAUGCUUUUACGGUCAUGCAUGACUUGCGAGUUCGACGUAUGCUCUGUGAUGUUGUCAUCACAGUGGAGGGAAAGGAUUUUGAUGCUCACAAGGUUGUGUUGUGUGGGUGCAGCCCAUACCUCCUUGCAAUGUUUACAAAUGGGAUGCAAGAAUCGGAACAAGAGCAUGUACACAUUCGGGGCCUUGAAGCUUGGGCGAUGGAGCUUCUAUUGGAGUUCAUGUACACCAGUGAGAUUGAAAUAACUGUGGAUAAUGUCCAGGGUAUACUACAAGGGGCCAGUCUGCUGGGUCUACAUCAUCUACGCAAGUCGUGUGCCACCUUCCUUCAGUCACAACUCACAGCUGCAAACUGUUUAGGAAUAAAUUUCUUGGCAGAUUUAUACAUGUGUACAGACUUAGAAGCACUAACAAGACAGUUUAUCUAUCAAAACUUCUUAGAAGUCAUGCACUACGAAGAGUUCCUUCAACUGUCUGAGGAGAGAUUACUUGCAUUAUUGAAAAGUGACAAGCUACAAGUGACGAAUGAACACCAGGUAUUGGAAGCUGUAUGUGGUUGGCUACAGGGUGACGAACAAAACCGAACACCCGUUGCCUGCAACCUUCUCCAGUAUGUAAAAUUACCCCUAUUAGGUCUCAAUUAUUUAGAAAAUGUUGUGCUAAAAUUUGAAUUUGUGAAAAAUUGUCCAAAGUGUCAGUUGCUCAUCAGUAAGGCCAUAAACAUGCAUCAUGAUGAGACGGCCUUGACCUUAGUGACCCCGCGUGCUCAGCCCCCGUGUAUAUACGUGAUGGGAGGUCGUAACAGCACCGAUUGUCAGCUCAAGAGUAUGGAGAAAUAUGACUUCCUCAUAGAUCAGUGGAACACCGUGACUAACAUGAACAUUGCACGAACGGCUGUUGGUGCUGUGAGUGUGGACGGCGUGCUGUAUGCUGUGGGAGGCGAGUGUGCUCUGGCGGACACCCAGGAGGAUACGCUGUAUCUACGCUGUAUGGAGUGUUAUGACCCAGUACUUCGACAAUGGAUACCCAAACCUGAAAUGAAGAUCGCACGCUCCUUUGUGGCUUGUGUCGCUGUUGGAAGAAUGUUAUAUGCUAUAGGAGGGGAGGACGGAUCGUGCAGUUAUUGUAUUGUAGAGAAGUAUGACCAAAGGCAGGAACUGUGGAGUUUUGCUGCAAGUAUGAAUAGGAAGAGGGCUGGUGCUGGCACAUGUGUCUGUGACGGAAAGAUCUAUGUAGCAGGUGGCUACGACAAGAUCCUACACCUUGACCGAGCAAGUGUCGAGUGUUUUGACCCCGCCACGGAGGAGUGGACGUUUGUAUCGGAGAUGGAGAAGGCACGGUCAGGGCUGGCCCUGGUCAGUGUGGAACAUUGUAUCUAUGCCUUUGGUGGGCGGUACAAGCACACUGACCAGUAUACCGAUAUGGUGGAAAGAUUUAACACAUUGACGAAUCAGUGGACGACAAUAUCAUCUAUGAACACACCUAGAGCCUGGCCUGGAAUUGCCGCAUUUGAUGGUAAAAUUUAUCUGAUGGGAGGCUUUGAUGGCACAAGUCGGUUACGGAGUGCUGAGGUGUAUGAUAUCGAAUCAGAUCGUUGGGCCUUCCUCAGUAAUAUGACUGUUAGCCGGGCAGGCUGUGGAGCUGCAGUUGUGUAGACCAGAAGUAACGUUAGGCUUGGGAAAUGCGGAGCUAUGGUUGUGUAGAUCAUCAAUAAAAUGAUGAUUAGAUUAUUGGAAUGCAGAUCUUUGGUUGUGUGGGUCAUCAGUAAUAGGAUGGUGAGCUGUGGUUUGCGAUCUGCAACAUGGCCUUAAACAGGUGCAGCAGAGUUGCUACUGUGAUUGCAAACAUUGUCAGUAACAUGUUUGUGAGUUUGUUGGUCUGCAGAGCUACUGUGGAGGUUGUACUUCCAUGAUCAUGGUGCUUUGUCCAGUCAGCUAUAUUCCCCACAUUACAGUUGUUUGGUUAAGUAUGAAGUACUACCAAAGCUCUUUGCCCAAUCUUUCAAUAGCUUUAUUUCCUCAACAUGCCUGUAACUCACUUUUUUUGAGGGUAAAAGUUUUUCUUAAAGUGUUUAAAAAUUGAGAUAUAAUUGUUUGAUUGUUUUAAGUAACAAGGUUUCUGGCUUUCAAGACAUGAACCUUGGUUUAGCUUUGUCAGUUGUUCACUUAUAGUUAUCUGGCUUUGAAGGUCUUAGACUUGAUGUAUCUUGGUCCGCAAAGAGUGGUUUUGAAAAGCUUAUCCUUUUCUAAUUUGGUCUGCAAAAAUUGGCUUUGAAGAGCUUAGCCUUGAUCUAGCUUGGUCAGGGAAAUCUAGUUUUGAAGGGUUUAGUCUUGAUCUAGCGUCUUUAUGAGUGGUUUUCAAGAGUUUAGCAUUGAUCAAACUCUUGUUUUGAAGAGCUUAGCUUUGAUCUAGCUUGGGUGUCGAAAACUGGUUUUGAAGAGCUUAGCCUUGAUCUAGCUUGGACAACAAAGUCUGACUUUGAAGAGCUUAGACUUGAUCUAGUUUGGUCAGCAAAAACUGAUCUUGAAGAGUUAAGCAUUGAUCUAGCUUAGUCAGCAAUGAGUGGUUUUAAAGAGCUUAGUAUUGAUCUAGAUUGGGUGGCAAACUCUUGUUUUGAAGAAAUUAGCUUUGAUCUUGCUUGGACGUUGAUCAUUGGUUUUCAAGAGCUUACCCUCGAUCUGGCAUGGUCAGCAUUACUGAUUUUGAAAAUCUGAUCCUUGAUUAAGCUUGGUGGAAGAUUUGUUGACUUAAUCAGCUUUAAACAGCUAACCCUUGAUCAGGCUUGGUCACGAUCAGUGAAGAAUUGUAUAGGGGCUGUGAUGCCCUCAGAUGGCCAUAACAUCAUUAUCUUAAAGAGUGGUGUAAUUUGAGAUUGCUAAAAUAAGAUAUUAUGAAUUAAUAAGAAAAUUAUGUUUCUUGUCUUGGUAUUUUGACUGAAGGCUAUUUGCUAUGUAUGUGUGACUGCAAUUCCAUUACUGAAGAGUUCCAUUUGAUAAACCCAUUAUUAUGUAAUGGUAAUUUGGACUUCCAUAGCAGAAGACCUGUUUGAAUUGUGUUGCAAGAUGCAAAAAUUGAGGAAGCUCAUAUCAUUUUGAAAUAAUUUUAAUUACUAUAAGGGAGAUAACUUAAAGAAAAAAACAUAGGCAUAUUUAUGUGAGGUAGCAUAUAUAUUCCUUUAAUUUCAUAUUAAAGUUUUAGCAAAAAGUUAAAUUAAAUUUUAUAAUUAGGCUCUUACAUCAUUAAGGUUAUCAUUAUGUGGACACUUGUCACAGUAUUAUGUUUUUUCAGAUCGGUAUCAAUUUCCUAAGUAAUGAAGUCCUUGUUCUCACCAAAACCUGUAGCUUUAAGGUUAUGAUAACACAGUGUGCCGAGGUAUGAAUUUUGCCUUAAGGUAAAUCAUGGAUUCAUAUGCCAGUGAGUGACGUGUAGUCACAUGUUAUGAGUUUGACUUGGUAAAUAUCUGUUAUUCUCUUUUAACCCUUUCACCCCUAUGUAACUUGAAUAACUUCUUCCAUAAAUUGUUCCAGAUGAAUCCAUUAUAGUCUACAGUGUUGAAAGGGUUAAUAUGCAUACUACCGACCGUUACCAAUUUGUCAUAUAAUAUAUACAACAUUUCAUAUAGUGCCCUAUCUAGCAAACAUAAGCCACUCUAAAGCGCUUUACAA